UGACCGUUUCGUUGGCAUUAUAACGAGUACUGAGAACUGAGAGGCAUGAGCGGCGAAUGUCUUAAGACAUUUAAACCAAUUGGCAUGUUCCUGUUGCCAAACUCCAAGAAAUGUCUCGCAAAUUUCAAUCACGUAUGGUUAUUGUGAAAUUUACGCGGCACGAGCCGGCCAGCUUUUUGGAUGUUUAACUUUAUUGUGUCAAGUCCCCAGUUCGGCAUAGUUAUCCGUUGUGCGCGGGAUUCGGUCGUGCGCGCCAUUUUUAAAACUAUACCGCCUUUCUUUUCGCGAUCGAAACCAUCCAUCAUGAACAAAAAGUCCCACAAAAAAAAGCAGAAACGUCGGGCUCGUAACGAUGGAAGAAAUAAAGAAAAUAUAAUUGAAGCAGACGUUGCAACGAAUCAAAAAGCUGCAAAAGAAACUCAAGUUGAACGAGAGAAACCUAAGCAGGACUUGUGCUAUGAGAUCAAGCAUUCCGAUGCAAUGGGAAGAUAUGUGGUCGCUACUCGAGAUAUCAAAGCUGGCGAGGUGAUAAUAGAGGCACCUGCGCUCGUCGUGGGGCCGUGUUCCGGCUGCGGGCUCAUUUGCCUUGGUUGCUACAGAGAAUUAGAUGAGACUAAUUUAACAAAAUGCGUCGGUUGCAAGUGGCCGGUCUGCAGCAGCUCAUGUCAAGGACUUGGGAAAUACACCGGUCAUUCGACUUACGAAUGUGAAACUUUAAAAUCGGUCUCUCCAGACUACAGCAACAUCGAAGAGUUAAAGGAUUCGUAUCAAGCUCUUGCACCUUUGAGAUGUUUACUUUUAAAAAAAGAAGAUCCCGACAAAUGGACAGCACUUUCUGCGAUGGAGGCUCAUAACGACAUUCGUCGCGCAAGGGGCGACAUCUGGCCAAUGAACGAUCGAAACGUUGUACAGAGACUUAAAAAAUGGGGCUUGGAAUACGACGAGGAGGAGAUACAUACUAUUUGUGGUAUAUUAGAGGUGAACGCGUUUGAAGUGGGCGUCACUGGUGCCAACGCACGAGCGCUUUACGACGAGGCCUACCUACUCGCACACGACUGUACGCCCUCGACCACGCAUACCGACGCUGAGGGCCGAUCCACCAGGCCCCUCACCGUGCGAGCCUCGAUACCCCACAAGGCCGGGGACAUCAUAUCACUGUGCUACGCCUACACUCUUCAGGGUACUCUGAAACGGCGCGAGCACCUGCGCUUGAGCAAGUUCUUCGAGUGCUCGUGCCUGCGCUGCGCAGACCCCACGGAGCUGGGCACGUUCGCGAGCGCGUUCCGCUGCCCGCGGUGCGGCGCGCGCGUGCUGCCCGCCGCCCCGCUGCGCGCCGCCGCGGCCUGGCGCUGCGCUGCCUGCGCCUACGAGAUGACGUCAGCCGCCGUGCCGCUACUACUCCAGCGAUUGACGGACGAAUUUGAUCAGAUCGAUGCCAACGACGUAGCGGGCUACGAGACCUUCCUUACCAAGUAUCGCAACGUGCUUCACGACAGCCACUAUCUGUUCCUGUCAGCGAAACACUCGCUGAGCCAGUUGUAUGGGAAGGUGUCGGAUUACAUGAUACACGAGAUGUCUGAGGAACAGCUGCACAGGAAAGUCGAGAUAUGCAGGGACUUGAUGAAGGUCUUCGAUGUCAUUGAGCCGGGCUACUCAAGAUUACGAGGAAUUACUUUGUACGAACUCCACGCUCCACUCAUGGUAUUAACCACGAGGGAUUUUGAAAGAAAAGCCAUCACUAAAGAAAACUUACGUAAUCGUCUAAAAGAGAUUGUGAGCUACUUGUCGGAGUCGGCACUGAUCCUUGGCUUCGAGCCGAAACACUCGCCCGAAGGCCUGAUGGCGGGCGCGGCCAGACAUGCACUUAGUAAGAUCAAGACCUGGGAACACAUCAUUGGGAAGAUAUCAUGAAUACUAUUCUAAUAUUACUUAUUUAUUGUCAAUGUAAUAAAGAUAUUUUUAACAAAA